UCAAGAAGCAAGAGAAGCCCUGGCCCAACGAUAACUUCCUGACGUUCGUAAGUAUUUCAAGCUCGGAGUCAAUCGCUGCAGAAUUCCUUCAAAUGCUGCGCAUUCCUUUCGACCCUGCGGCCUUCUCCUCCGCCUAGAGACGCCUGCAAGCCUUCUUCCUCCUGCUUGUCUCAUCCUUCCAUCCUCUUCGCUACUGUCAAGAUGCCUCCCGCCAAGGGCAGAGUUGCGGGCCUGAAGAAGGAGGCGGCCGCGGCGCCGCUGACUCCUCAGAGGAAGGCGCUUGCAGACAAGAACGCGCAGCUGGAGGCUGAGGUAGACAAACUGACCAAGCUUCUGGACGCAGCAGCGCUGGAUGCGAAGAGCACGCUCGAGAAGCUGGAUGAGAAGGAGAAUGCAAACAAGACGCUGUCUGCGCAAGUGCAUAAGCUGCAGAAGGUCCAGGCCUUCAAGCCUCAGCUGCCAGUAGAGCUCCAGGCUGCUGAGGAAGCUGCCACCAAGAAGGAGAAGAAAGACCCUCGGCAGCCUCACCGACCUCUGUCUGCCUUUGUCCUGUGGUCCAAGGACCAGCGCCCGCAGGUCCAGAAGGAGAAUCCUGAGGCCAGCUUUGGGGCGCUCAGCACCCUGCUGGGUGAGAAGUGGAAGAAUGUCUCUGCUGAGAAGAAGAAGCCGUACGAGGACCAGGCAAAGUCCCUCAAUGACGUGUACAAGGAAGAGAAGAAGGUGUAUGAGCAGAUCCUGGCAGAGGAGAAGAAAGAGGCAGACGCCGUCGCUGCUUACCGGCUCGUGCAGAAGGGUCAGGCGCAGGAGGAGCUGUGGAAGCAGUUCGAGACGUACCAACAGGAGUUGCAGCAAGUGGUUGGUGCAAAGAAGGAGAAGAAAGAGAAGGAUGCUGACAAGCCGAAGCGGCCCCUCACAUCCUUCCUGGCCUUCGCUAACGAGCGGCGCCCGCUGAUUGUCAAGAAGGCCGGCGACCAGAAGCUCUCAGUUCCCGAGGUCGGCAAGCAGCUCGGGGCUGAAUGGAACAAGCUGUCUGAAAAGCAGAAGGCCAAGUACGAGAAGAUGGUUGCUGAGGAUGCUGCCCGUUACAAGACCGAGAUGGAGGCAUACAAGGCCAAGAAGGAGCAGGAUGAGCAGGCUGCCAAGGAGGCCCAGAAGGAGCGCAACACGCAGGAGAAGGCGGAGGCGCUCAAGCUGUACAGCCAGCAGGAGAGGGAGAAGACCGCACUUCAGCUGCUUAAGCAGAAGGAGGCUGCCGACAUCGCCAAGGCGAAGCUGGACCGGAAGGAGAAGCGCGAGAGCAAGAAGCGGGACCCCAAUAAGCCCAAGCGCCCCCUCAGUGGUUACCUGCUCUUCAGUAACGAGGUCAGGAACGAGGUCAAGGCCGCUAACCCGGAGGCGACAUUCGGACAGCUGGCGACCAUCAUCGCUGCCAAGUGGAAGGCUUUGGCCCCGGAACAGCAGGGCCUGUACAACCAGAAGGUGCUCCCUCAAUGGCAGCAGUACGAGAAGGACAUGGAGGCCUACCACUUGACCCUCUACGGAUACGGAGAGAUGCUCGUCGUUCCCAAGAUGGAGUAGGGAGAGACCGUCCGGAACGAACGGGAGUAGGUAUCAAGAAUUAGCAGCAUGUCGAGUUCAACUAUAUUGUUGAACAGCUUGUGUAUCCAUAAUGAUAAAGGAAUGGGUGGCUCUUACAGGAUUGAAGUACAGUAGGUACGGGGUUAAUGUGUGAACACUGUCAAAGGUUGCAAAGUGUUGUUACUUCGUUGCAACAAUAGCUUGUCUUCUUGCAGAACGCGGAUGGGGUGUGCAUACCUGUAGGCCCGGAGGCGAAUAUUGGUCAAACGCUGCUUGCAGUAUAUGUACGUCUCUGGACGAAGACAUGCUCUAAGGAUAGAGCUACUUACGAGAACUACUUGCGACCAGUGGUCGACAUCGAUCAAUCUAAGACGAUGCUUUGAUCGUACAUUUAAACGAGAAUUGCCAACUAAUCUUCUGGCAGCCCGCCUG